UGUGAUAGAUUGGUUCAAAAAGUCGAUAAUGGAGAGAACGAGGCGUUGCUGCUUUUCUGCCAUCCUUGAUGUUGGGCGAACGCAAGACCUUCCAGAACAAAUUGCGGCAAACACCGGUUCAUUUUCUUUUCCUCAUCAUCGACGACGAAGACGAAAGCAGCUAGUGUCCGCUAUACAACCUUCCUAGGGCGCUCAGUUUCGUGAUGUUUUUCUGUGCGAUAUCUGGAGAGGUUCCUCAGGAUCCUGUGGUGUCUUCCAAGUCUGGCAAAGUAUAUGAGCGACGCCUCAUCGUCAAGUAUAUUACAGAGAACGGCACCGACCCCAUCACUGGAGACAAGUUGGAGGAGGCAGAUCUCAUCUCUAUCAAAGCCUCUCCCAGCAAUGCUCCUCCUCGACCACCCACCCAAACGUCCAUCCCAGCUUUGCUGCAUAGUCUGCAAAACGAAUGGGAUACGGUCAUGCUCGAGACAUGGGCGCUGAAACAACAGUAUACCAACGUGCGACAGGAACUCAGUCACGCACUUUACCGCGACGAUGCUGCGACUCGCGUUGUUGCGCGUCUCAUUCGAGAACGAGAUGCGGCUAGAGAGGCUCUCGCCAAUGUUCAAGCAAGCAUGGGUAUCUCAGUACCGACUGACGGUGCAGCGGAGGAUGUUGAAAUGGCAGAGAGCGGUGCUGAAAACGGAAUGCCCAAGGCUAUCGUUGACCAAAUUACCGAGACCUACCAAGCAUUAUCAUCCACGCGUAAAAAGCGAAAGGCUCCUACGGGUUACGUCUCGCCUGCCGAUGUCAAAACAUUCACCGCCAAGCACACCAUUCCUUCUCUUCACUCAGCCUCUCCCGCAGGUAUCACCGCUCUGGCUGUGUCCCGCUUGUUGCCUUCUCAGUUCCUGACCGGAGGGAACGAUAAGAUCGUUCAGCUUUAUGACAGAAGCACCGACAAAGUGCUGGCUUCGUUGAAAGGCCACACUAAAAAGGUCACUCAUGUCACAUUCCGGGAGCGCGAAGGGGACCCUACCAUGCUACUCUCAGCCGGUGCCGACAAGAUUGCCAAAAUCUGGGCUUACGAUGCAGCGUCACAGGAAUACAUUCCCAAGUCGACUGUUCGCACUCACAAAGGAGAGCUCACAGGCUUGUUUGUGCAUCCCACCUCUACCCUUCUCGCUCUUUCCUCGAUGGACAAAACAUUCUCCAUUCAUGACCUCACAAAUUUCACCCAAGUCUACCGCUCCUUGAGUGCUGAUGAGGGAUUCACGUCGCUGUCUAUACACCCAGACGGAACUCUCAUUGGUUUGGGUACGGCCACGUCGACCAUUCAAAUAUAUGACAUCCGUGAAGGUGCCAUUGCUGCAACGCUAACUCCCAGCGAUUCAGUCCCCUUCACCAUCAAUACGCUCUCUUUCUCUGAGAAUGGGUAUCAUCUUGCAGCUCCCAAUUCGUCGUCGUCGGUUGGGAUUUGGGAUUUGCGUAAACAGAAAGUUACGCAAAGCAUUGUUUUGGAAGAUGAUUUCAAAAUAAACAAGGUGCGAUACGAUACGAGUGCGCAGUUCCUGGGUGUUGCAGGAAGUGCAGGAGGUAGAAUUUAUGCUCAUAAAUCAUGGGAGGAAUUGGUCCGACUUGAGGAAGGAGGGGAGAUUUCGGACUUCACCUUUGGCGAGAUGGGUUCUGAAAUUUGGGGAGCGACGGGUCGGGAAGUACGCGUAUGGGGUCUACCUGCUUAGACUGUCCAUGUCUUCGUUAUCUACCUGCUGUAAUUUUCAUGUCUCCGAAGAUUGUUGUAUGAUCCUGGCACAAAUGUGUCCCGCAAUGAUUCUGUUGACUCGCGAGCACUGGAAUCAUU